AGCCAAAGUAAGGACUUGCUGCCUCAGCCCAGUGAUAUCGGUCCGAGGUUUCUCACCGCCGCCCUCGCCAUUAUCCGCCAUUUUUCAAAAAUAUAUUCCAAUCACGGGAAUAUCACGUGACCCUGGAGUAUAAAAUGGCGGAAGACUACAUGUCUGACGCUUUUCUUCUGGGUUUGGAAGACGUGAGGCCUGGACUGAAGAGCAGAAGCCAGAAAAGGAAAGACAAAGCAUCAGGGAAAUCAAUAACCGAGCCUAAACACAAGAGACUCAAAGCCACUGAGCAUGAGGCCAGGUCAAAAGGCCUUGCCACGCACAUUUCUACUGAGAACAAAGGCUUUUCAAUGCUCCAGAAGAUGGGAUACAAGAAAGGAAUGGGACUAGGGAAAACUGGUGCUGGGAUUACUACCCCACUACCAAUACAACUGAAGGAAGGCAAGGGUGGCCUGGGGAGGGAUAUGUACGUGAAGGAGAAGGUUGAAGAGAGGAAGGUGAAGGAGAGUCGUUGGUUCUGGGACUUCAGACAGAGGAAGCAGGGAGCCUUCUGUGAGAGGAGGCUGGAGGCUGACUUGAGGAAGAGCCAGAGAUCAUGUGAGCAGCUGGACUCUGCCAAGGGGAUUGAGGCUCCUCAAGAGACUUACUUCUGGCCAGCUGAGUUGGUGCUCAAUGAAGAUGAAGAAGAAGAAGAGGAGAAAGAGGAGGAGGAAGAAGAAGAGGAGGAGAAAAAGGAGGAGGAAGAAGAAGAAGAGGAUGAAGAUGUGGCUGAGAAACUGAGAGUUCUGACUGCAUAUCUGAGAGUGGAGCACUGCUACUGCAUCUGGUGUGGGACUGCUUAUGACAGUGGCGGGGAUUUGAGCCAGCACUGUCCUGGAGAUACUGCAGAGGCACAUGAUGACUGACUAUAUAUGUCUUCUUGAACCAGCCUGCUUGAUGGUACCAUGCUGGAGGGAGUGUGUGGAGAAAAAUAACUUGAUAUCUGAUCAGAGACUCUAGAAAUGGCAGCAGCCUAUGCAUGUAUGUAGUCACUGGCUUGUUCUGUGAAUGCAGUUUGCAUCUGUCAUCUCAGUGUAGUCUCAUCUGUGUAUCAGUAAUAAUACUGUAUGAACUUGCUCGAUCAGAGAUUUUGAGUGCUUACAUUUCUGCUGAAAGUGUUUCUUCUUGGCCAGUUUCUCUGGCUGUGGUUUCUCUGCCAUGGACCAGUCCACGCGACCCUCGUCAGUGGCAGGCACCUCCAGCUGGUGGAACACUGAGCUCUGCAGUGCCUUCUCAUAGUGCCUCCGGGUCGAGCGUGUCCACUUCUGGUUGGAGUUUCCCUCCACCUGGCACCAAGACUCUGUGUUCAUCACUACCACCACUGCUCUCUGUGACACUCCCCUCUUUGACUUCUAGCUA